UGCUGAAGCCCAGCGUCACUCCAGCUUCGGCGGCGCUGCAGACAUGGCGACGACGCUGACAGCCGUCCAGCCGCUCAGCCUGGACCGAGAUGUUGCCAGAGCCAUUGAAUUGCUGGAGAAGCUACAAGAAUCUGGAGAAGUACCAGGACACAAGCUACAGUCUCUUAAAAAAGUACUGCAGAGUGAGUUUUGCACAGCUAUCAGAGAGGUAUACCAGUAUAUGCAUGAAACCAUAAGCGUCAAUGGCUGCCCGGAAUUCCGUGCCAGGGCUACUGCAAAGGCAACAGUUGCAGCCUUUGCAGCAAGUGAAGGCCAUUCACACCCUCGAGUGGUAGAACUGCCAAAGACUGACGAAGGCCUUGGUUUUAAUGUGAUGGGGGGAAAGGAACAAAAUUCUCCUAUUUAUAUUUCUCGCAUAAUUCCUGGAGGAGUCGCAGAACGGCAUGGAGGACUCAAACGCGGAGACCAGCUGCUUUCUGUUAAUGGAGUGAGUGUGGAAGGAGAACACCAUGAAAAGGCUGUGGAGCUUUUGAAGGCAGCUAAGGACAGCGUCAAGCUGGUGGUGCGCUACACACCCAAAGUGCUGGAAGAAAUGGAGGCUCGCUUUGAAAAACUGAGGACAGCACGACGCAGACAACAGCAACAGCUGUUAAUUCAGCAGCAACAGCAGCAAAAUGCCCAGCAAAACCACAUGUUGUAGAUCGCUCUCUAGAAAGAAAUUCUAAACAUCGAGAAUUCAGCAACUUCACAGCAAAGCUGAGCUUCCUAUUCCAACACAGAG